UAAUACCAGCUAGAGGACGCGCAUGAUUACAGCUGAUCCUCAACGCGCACUGAUCGGUUCUAGGCCGGCGGUGACCCCCAAUGUGGGGUCCGGGGGCCCCCUAGAGGGUCCUAGAAUUGCACUGACGGGGCGAAGUUAUAAUUUUACGCAUUUUUGGUGUUUUUACGCACACGUUUCCAAGCCUGUGCCAUCAUGAGGACGAAGCCCAUUUUCUUAAUUAUGUGUAAUAACAGCAGAUAUGUUCAUAAAAGCCGCAAUGUUUCUCCAUUUGGGGUCAGCAGGAGCCUAAUUGGGCGUGAAGUCUUUUUGUUUCUGAUCAUGUUUGUGCGCAAAAGAAAUAGUGAGAAGUAGCGAGGAGCAGCUCAGGGGGAGAGGGAGAGAGCUAUUACACAUCAGCAUGACAGGGGAGAGAGAGAGAGGGAAGGGGGGAGAGAGAGAGAUGCCAUGUGCUUCCUGUCUCCUCUCCAUUCACCUCCCCGGGCUCCAACAGGAUGGAGGUCCUGCGCGUCGCUGCAGAGAGGCUCAACUAAAGGCUCCACUGCUCAGUUCUUUGUGUCAGAUCGCCUCGUUUUCCUUUCUGGACGCACCGGGCCUGAAUAUUCAUCCCUUUUCUAUUCAUAUUAUUUACCUUUUUCCAUCUCUAACCCCGCUGGAGUGUGUUGUGUUUUCAGGAGAGAAAGGCUUCCAGGGAUGGAGUCGAUGCCCGGACAGCUUCGAGACGCGGGACGAGACGCCAGCUCCUCCCCGAGUUCAAAGCAGGACGCACAGAGCUUCUCCAGCCCCAGCACCCUCAAACCCAACCAAGUGAGUGAGACCUCUCUGUACGGGGUUCCCAUCGUGUGUCUGGUCAUAGACGGCAGGGAGAGGCUCUGUCUGGCGCAGAUUUCCAACACGCUGCUGAAGAACUACAGCUACAACGAGAUUCACAACCGCCGCGUGGCUCUGGGCAUCACCUGCGUGCAGUGCACCCCCGUCCAGCUGGAGCUGCUGCGGCGGGCCGGGGCCAUGCCCAUCUCCUCCAGGCGCUGCGGAAUGAUCACCAAGCGGGAGGCCGAGAGGCUCUGCAAGUCGUUCCUGGGAGCUCACAGCCCCCCGAAGCUGCCGGAGAACUUCGCCUUCGACGUGUCUCAUGACUGCGCCUGGGGCUCCAGGGGAAGCUUUAUCCCCGCCAGAUACAACAGCUCCAGAGCCAAGUGCAUCAAGUGCAGCUUCUGCAACAUGUAUUUCUCCCCAAAUAAAUUCAUUUUCCACUCUCAUCGCACUCCAGAGUCCAAGUACUUGCAGCCGGACGCGGCCAACUUCAACUCGUGGAGACGCCACUUGAAACUGACGGACAAAAAGCCAUCAGAGGACAUUAACCACGCGUGGGAGGAUGUAAAGGCCAUGUUCAACGGGGGGAGCAGAAAGAGGACUCUGCCCAUGAGCGGCUCGGGAAUGUCCUCGUCGAUGAAAUCUCAGGCCUCGUCCAGCCUGGCGCCCACCAGCUCCCCAGAGAUCCCCCACAAAACUUUACGCCGCGACGAGGAGCAGGGCAGCAACAACCUGAGCCUGGCGGGCGGAGCGCGGAGCUACCCGGUCAUCCCGGUGCCCAGCAAGAGCUUCGGCAUGCUGCAGAAAAUCCCCCCACCCCUGUUCCCUCACCACCCCUACGGCUUCCCCAGCUACGGCCUGUGUCAGAAAAAGAGCGACGGGGUUCCUGACGCCAACAAAACCAACGUGUCCGGAGUGUUCUGGCCGGGCGCUAAGGACACCCUCUACCCCGCCUUCCCCAUGUUCUGGCCCGCAGCCGGCGGUCUCCCCAUGCCGCCCUACCCGGGCUCUCCACCAAAACCUCCUCCAGAGCUGCCGGGCGUCCGGCAGAGUGAGCUGGAUCUAUCGGACCAAAGCGACCGAGGCGCAAACACACCCAAAGACACGAACCUCCUCCCGCACCUCCAGCAGGACGCAGAGCGCUGCCCCAGCUCCCAGUCCUCCUCCACCCGCAACGACGAGGACAAGUCUGGAGAUGAGACCUCUCAGAGGAAGAUCAGCUACAUCUCGGCCUUCAGACCCGUCGUGAAAGACGCGGAGACCAUCGCCAAACUCUACGGAAACCGGGACAGCUACGGCGUGCGCCCCGGUUACCUGUCCCCGGAUUUUAUCAGCGAGAGCUCCAGCUACAGGUCCAUGUCUCCGGACAGGGACAGCGUGGUGGAGGACGACGACGACCCGGACGUGGAUGUGGAGUCCAACCCGGGACAAGACGAAGACGAGCCGAUCCGGAUCUCACCGGGAGGAGAGCGUCACGACUCCCCCGUGCAGGAGCGGGUCUCCUCGGCGGCGGAGGAGAACCAGGAGCAGCCGGACGCCUCCAGCCCCGGUGCGGCCGCAGCUUCACCGGAGGACUCUGCUCACACCGGGUCAUCAGAUGAGGACAGACAGAUGCGGAACGGCUCGCCUCCUCACGAAGUGUUCGUUCAUGAAAAGGACGCGCACGUGCUGCUCAACGAGCCUCCGCCGUUUGGAUCCAAACCGUCGAGCAGAUCCAACGGGCUCCAUCAUGAAAUCCAGACGCAGCGCAGCGCGGCGUCCUACCAGGAGCAGAAGGACAGACCAGCCGAUGGAGCUUUACGCAUCGACAUCAGUGUUCAUGAAAGAGACCUGGAGAACAUGGCGAAAGAGGAGUUGCAGAAGCAGCUGGUGGAGCAGGUGGAGCUCAGGAAGAAGCUGGAGAGGGAGUUCCAGCAUUUAAAAGGUAGGACAGAAAAUAAUUUUCAGGAUCAAAUGAAGCGUGAGCUGUCCUACAGAGAGGAGAUGGUCCAGCAGCUGCAGAUUGUUCGAGACACUUUGUGCAGCGAGUUGGACCAAGAGAGAAAGGCUCGUUAUGCAAUACAGCAGAAGCUAAAAGAAGCUCACGACGCUCUUCACCAUUUCUCCUGCAAGAUGCUCACCCCUCGCCAGUGCACCGGAGCCUGCACCUUCAAACCUCCUCUGCUGCCUCCGUAGUGACCCUGAACGCACCACGACCUCCACCCCUCCACCCAGCACAGCCAAAAAAAAAGAUAAAGAAAGAGAAACCACACGCUCAGUCGACCUGGAGAGCUCUCAUGUUCACCUCCCCACAGAUUCCGAUUUUAGCACUUGACUUGAAGGCGAACACUCGGUUCCUCCUCGAACUCUUGACAUUUUCUGGAUUGUCGAGGCUCCAGACUGAAGAAUCAAAGCUGUCUGCUACUUUAGCCGAGUUAAAAUAAAACACUAUAUACAUAUAAAUAUAUAUCAUGUGACGAUGUGCAAUGGCUUGUUUAAUGGUGACACUGAGUUUGACAUUAUUUAGAUUCUGUUGCUUGUUUGAAUACGUUGAGUUUUUACAUAUAUUUGUUAUUUAUCUGUAUUUGCUUUAACUUAUUGUUUAGGUUAUUUGUAACACUUGUACAUGUCGUUAAGCACUUUAAAUGGGCAACAUUUCGGAAUAUUUGACCAUGCCGUCCUAUACCAAAAUUCUUUUAUGGCAGACAUCUUUUCUGUUUUCAGUAGAACACAUAUUCUCUCCACAGUAAAAGUCUUUUCUUUCACCGAGUGCUGUGUGUCAUGCAAACUUUGACGUGAUGAUGAAGGAAAGCAGCCAUUUCUGUACAGUUUAGACCUUAAAAUGUUCAGUUUCAGGGUUUUUUUCUCUCUCUCUGUCAUCACACGCAAACCAAACUUUUUUCUCUUGUUUUAUUUUGUAAUUUUAAGAAAACACAACAAAAGGAAGCAAAUCCUGAGUUUUUUUUCUCACACAUUUCUGUAUGUACCCAUGUCAAUAUUAAUAAAAAGGUGAAAGCA